AUGACUGUUACUCCUCUUUCUCUAACUGCCUGCUGCCACCUAUGGCCAGCGGGCGGGUUCCUUUCCAUUUCACUCUCCCCAGUAGCUGUUAGACCGACGACCCCUUGUCAGCGCCCCGUGGCCAGCCUCUACGCUGCGGCCUCUCCCACAGGGACCCCGGGCCUGCGUGCGAAGGAGCCCGUGGGCAACGCUGAACUGUGGCUCCCAGGGCCUGGCUGCUGGGAGGAGCGGGCCCAGGAGACCCAAGGCCCUGAUCCACAGGCACCUUCUCAGGUUCGGGGGACCUCACCCAGCCAGCCAGCCAGCCAUCGGUGGCAACCUGGUGCCCCCACAGUGGAGAUACCAGGGCUGCCCGGUGAGAGACGCGGCUCUCAGAGGCUCUGA